UACAGUAGUAAACGGUUACCAUCCUUUCAGCGAGUGAUGUCGCCCCUUUUCCGGCCAGAGAGAGAUCAUGACUGGUUUUGGUAGUAAAGCCAUCCUGUUAGAUGGCAGGGGCCAUCUUCUUGGUCGUUUGGCAUCAAUUAUUGCUAAAACUCUCCUUCAAGGCAACAGGGUCACUGUUGUUAGGACUGAACAGAUCAAUAUUUCAGGAAACUUUUUCAGGGCCAAGCUCAAAUAUCUUUCCUUCUUACGCAAGAGGUGCAAUGUGAAUCCAGCAAGAGGUCCAUACCAUUUCAGAGCACCAAGCAAAAUUCUAUGGAGGACAGUUAGGGGUAUGCUUCCCCACAAGACAGAACGAGGAAAGGCUGCGUUGAAGCGUCUGAAGGCCUUUGAAGGCUGUCCUCCUCCAUACGACAGAAGGAAGAGGAUGGUGGUCCCAAAUGCUAUGAGAGUGAUGUGCCUUAAGCCAGGCAGAAAGUACUGUCAUUUGGGACGUCUGUCACAUGAGGUGGGAUGGAAGUACAAGCAUGUGGUACGUACACUGGAAUUGAAGCGGAAGGUGAAGACUCUUCUGAGGAUCCGCAAACACAAACAUCUGAAGAAACUUACUCAUGAGGCUGGUGAGAAGGUUGCAAAACAAGUUGAGCCAUAUACCAGAGUAAUCAAGUCUUACGGAUAUAACUAAAAAUGUAAGAAAAUUUUGUGUGCUGACAUAUUUCUUGUGUUCAAAAUACAGAGUUUGAAAGGAA